GCAGCGGCGGGCGGCAGCAGCAGCGCUUUCCUCUUUAUAAGCCCCGCAGUGCCCGGAUGUGAAUGGAUUACAAUGUAUCUUUCAGGGAAACCUAUUAUUAUCAAUGUGACUCCACGGGGGAGUCAAUGGUGAUGAUGAUGGUGAUGAUGAUGAUGAUGAUGAGAAAUCUCUAAACUUGGAACAAGUUUAAGACUUUAUAGGAGACGAAGAAAAAAAACAACCAACAAGAUUUGUUUGAGGAAAAUUAUUAACUAUUCUGUUUACAUAUUUUUUUUUAAAGAAACAAUAAGGAAAGGGGAGAAAAAAGUUGGUGGAUUUUUCUUUUUUUUCUUUUUUUUUUUGGUGGGUGUGUGUGAAAUUUUCUUGAAGUUCUUUUAUGGUGGAAAAUGCAAAAAUCAGAGCCAGGUGCAUGAUCUUGUGAUCUGUGGAAUAUCCCUGGAGCAGGACUGAGUUCCAGUUAAAAAGUACUUUUUUGGGGGAGACAUAUGUGAGAUACUAAGCACUUGCAGAAGAUUUUCUCUUUUUCAAAAGUCUCUUUCCUUGGAAUAUUGUGAGAAUAUUUGUGGCCAUUUAAGGUUUGUGUGAUUUUGCUAAAAUGCAUCACCAACAGCGAAUGGCUGCCUUAGGGACGGACAAAGAGCUGAGUGAUUUACUGGAUUUCAGUGCGAUGUUUUCACCUCCCGUGAGCAGUGGGAAAAAUGGACCAACUUCUUUGGCAAGUGGACAUUUUACUGGCUCAAAUGUAGAAGACAGAACUAGCUCAGGGUCCUGGGGGAAUGGAGGACAUCCAAGUCCAUCCAGGAACUAUGGAGAUGGGACCCACUAUGAACACAUGACCAGCAGGGACCUUGGAUCACAUGACAAUCUUUCUCCUCCUUUUGUCAAUUCCAGAAUACAAAGUAAAACAGAAAGGGGUUCAUACUCGUCUUAUGGGAGAGAAUCAAACUUACAGGGUUGCCACCAGCAAAGUCUCCUUGGAAGUGACAUGGAUAUGGGCAAUCCAGGAGCUCUCUCACCAUCCAAACCUGGUUCCCAGUACUAUCAAUAUUCUAGCAAUAACCCCCGGAGGAGGCCUCUUCAUAGUAGUGCCAUGGAGGUACAAACAAAGAAAGUUCGAAAAGUUCCUCCGGGUUUGCCAUCUUCAGUUUAUGCCCCGUCAGCGAGCACUGCCGACUACAAUAGGGACUCACCAGGUUAUCCAUCUUCAAAACCAGCAGCCAGCACUUUUCCUAGCUCCUUCUUCAUGCAAGAUGGCCAUCACAGCAGUGACCCUUGGAGCUCCUCCAGUGGGAUGAAUCAGCCUGGCUACGGAGGAAUGUUGGGCAAUUCUUCUCAUAUUCCACAGUCUAGCAGCUACUGCAGCUUGCAUCCACAUGAACGUUUGAGUUAUCCUUCACACUCCUCAGCAGACAUCAAUUCUAGUCUUCCUCCGAUGUCCACUUUCCAUCGUAGUGGUACAAACCAUUACAGCGCCUCUUCCUGCACACCACCUGCUAAUGGAACAGACAGUAUAAUGGCAAAUAGAGGAAGUGGUGCAGCAGGCAGUUCACAGACCGGCGAUGCUCUGGGGAAAGCACUUGCUUCGAUCUAUUCUCCAGAUCACACUAACAACAGCUUUUCAUCAAAUCCUUCAACUCCUGUUGGCUCUCCUCCUUCUCUCUCAGCAGGCACAGCUGUUUGGUCUAGAAAUGGAGGACAGGCAUCAUCAUCUCCUAAUUAUGAAGGACCAUUACAUUCUUUGCAAAGCCGAAUUGAAGAUCGCUUGGAAAGACUGGAUGAUGCCAUUCAUGUUCUCCGGAACCAUGCAGUUGGGCCUUCAACAGCUAUGUCUAGUGGUCAUAGUGAUAUGCAUGGAUUAAUAGGACCUUCUCAUAAUGGUGCCAUGGGUGGUCUUGGAUCAGGAUAUGGGACAGGUCUUCUUUCAGCCAACAGGCAUUCACUCAUGGUCGGUGCCCAUCGCGAAGAUGGUGUGGCUUUAAGAGGCAGCCAUUCUCUUGUGCCAAACCAGGUUCCAGUCCCACAACUCCCGGUUCAGUCGGCCACUUCCCCUGACUUGAACCCUCCCCAAGAUCCAUACAGGGGCAUGCCAGCUGGAUUGCAGGGGCAGAGUGUAUCCUCAGGUAGCUCUGAGAUCAAAUCUGAUGAUGAGGGAGAUGAAAACCUGCAAGACACAAAAUCUUCUGAGGACAAGAAAUUAGACGACGACAAGAAGGAUAUCAAAUCAAUUACUAGGUCAAGAUCUAGCAAUAAUGAUGAUGAAGACCUUACACCAGAGCAGAAGGCAGAGCGUGAAAAAGAAAGGAGGAUGGCCAACAAUGCCCGUGAGCGCCUGCGUGUGCGUGACAUUAAUGAGGCUUUCAAGGAGUUGGGCCGCAUGGUGCAACUCCAUCUGAAGAGUGACAAGCCCCAGACAAAACUCCUGAUCCUCCACCAGGCUGUGGCUGUCAUUCUCAGCUUAGAGCAGCAAGUGCGAGAAAGGAAUCUGAAUCCUAAAGCAGCAUGCCUGAAAAGAAGGGAAGAAGAAAAAGUAUCUUCAGAGCCUCCUCCACUUUCAUUGGCGGGACCUCACCCUGGAAUGGGAGAUGCAUCAAAUCAUAUGGGACAGAUGUGAAAUGGUCCAAGUUGCCACAUUUCUUCAUUAAAACAAGAGACCACUUCCUUAACAGCUGUAUUAUCUUAAACCUACAUAAACACUUCUCCUUAAUCCCCUUUUUUGUAAUAUAAGACAAGUCUGAGUAGUUAUGAAUCACAGACGCAAGAGAUUUCAGCAUUCCCGAUUAUCAAAAAACAAAAAACAAAAAAAAGUGCAACUUGAGGGACGACUCUCUUUAACAUAUCAUUCAGAAUGUUUAAAGCAGAAUGUUGCGAGCUGUGGCACGCAGCCCAGAGACUGAAUGGCAAUCUUCUCCACACUGUGGAACAAUGCAUUUGUGCCUAAACUUCUUUUGGAAAAAAAAUAUAAUUAAUUUGUAAGUCUGAAAAAAUAUUUAAUUUAAAAAUUGUAAACUUGCAAUAAUGAAAAAGUGUACUUCUGAAGAAAACUACAUGAACGUUUUUGUUGGUGUUGUAGUCAGCUAGUGUUUCUACUUACUGGAUAUUGAAGGGGGAGCUUUGCUGCCCUAGUUACAAAACCAGCAAACGUCCUAAUGAAAAUGAAGUGAUGACAUUAGCCAUUCCUUAGGGUAGGAGGAACAGAUGGAUCUUAUAGACCUAUGACAAAUAUAUAUAUAUAAAUAUAUAUAUAAAUAUAUAUUAAAAAUUUAGUGAAUAUGGUAAGCUUUUGUUCAUUUGUUUCAGACUUUUUUCUCCUGUAAAAAAAUAGUACUGAUUAACUUUUUUAAAAAAAAAAGAUUUUACUGUAAAUACGGAUUUUUUUGUCUUAUUUCUGUCCCUCUCCCCUGGUUUGUUAUUGUAACCUGUAGUGCCAACUCUGUCUCUGGAGGGGGAGUACAGGAUGAAAUGCUGACCCUGAUGUUGCUUCUCAUUCAUAAAUAAGUAGAAAGUUGUUUCUCCAGUCUUUUGGGAACACAGGAUUUAAAAGUCACAUCAUGUGUAGAUAUUACAAGCAGCAUUACCAAGACGUGGCAAAAUGAAUUUGUCGGAAUCGUAAUGUUGCUCUUGUGACCCUAUUCUGGAAUUUUCAGAGGUACAAGGUUAGAAUGCUACAAUGUUACCACUGUGCCUUCCAAUGUUUAUAUCAUCAGAAACAUAACAUAAUCAAAGUGGCUGUGAUUUUAAACGAUUAAAGUGUUACCUACAUGUGUAGCCUAAGUAGUGUGCAGUGAGGCGUUUCUGAAUACAUGGUCAGAUUUUUGAAGAAAAAAAAAACAAAAAAUAAACAUCAAAUCAGAAAAUUGCGAGUAGUGUGAUAGAUAUGAUUGGUUUUCUUUCCUUUUUUAACUUUUUUUAAUUUUUUCUUUCCAAGUGGGUUUACUAGAGUGUAGAACCCCUUUCCUCUGCCUCCUCCUUAGUUUGAAAAAUGCCAAUAUCCAAUCAUCAUGCAGCAUUAUAACAAGCCUUAUAAGUCCUAAAGCAUUAAGUUGCACUUUCUCAAGGAGGGGUAGUACAGUAUUUCUCUGGCCAGUAUGAAUGAAGUUUAUACUUAACAUAUUUGAUAGUAACAUAGAUCAAGCUAUGUGGCACAGCAACUCAUCAGAUAACUAGCUUUGAAGUCUGGGCACGAUUGAACCAACUUCCAUAGUGAAUCUUAUAAUGAUUGACUUUGGUGUAUAGUACAGUUAACAGGUAGUGCUCCUAGCUAAGUAUUUGUCAGCAUCCUUUUGUCUCUAAUUCUAGUUUCUAUUUUUACAGCCACACAAACUUGGCAUGUAUUUAAAAAAAGAAAAAAAAACUCCCUGUUCAAGUAGAUUUUCCACCUAUCAGCACUGAGUAAAUGCCAUACAUCCAUCAAAAUGGUCUGAAUGUUCCAUCUGUUCUCCUGUUUUGCCAGUUAUAUAGUAAUGAAAAAGACAUUUGUAAAUUUUAUGCAACAAAUGGCAAACGUAUCAUUAUUUUGAAAUUGUGUAUGUAAAAGUUAUAUUUUUACAUGUAGACUCUUGUUAUUAUGUGUUUUAAUACAUUGUAUCAGUUUUUGUUUAAAAAAUCUGUGUGAUUGAAAAAAGUCUCAUUUAAAUGAAAUAGUGAGAUACAAGAAUCUGAAUUUUAUGUUCAUUUCUGAAAACGUGAAGAACAAAUAAGAUAGUUACCAUGUGGUCACCUUUACACACCCAUUAACAUUUUGAUUAGCUGUGUGUAUGUUGAAAACUGUAAAUAUGUUCAGUAGAGGUAAAACUAAAAUGCUUUGAUUUGUUGAUAAGUUCCUAAAAUGUGGAGGUGGAUUAAAAACCUUAGGAAAAUAACAGGACUCAAACUCUAUGAAAAAGUUCCGUUUAGGUUUACCACUGAAAAUCCUGUAUGGGGAAAAUGAAAAUGAGUCUGAUUUUCAAGAAGAAGGGUAUAGAAGAAGAAAGUUCACUCUCCAAAUGAUUGGAACCAUUAUG